AUGAAAUUUACCGCUUUCCUCAUUGCUAUCGCCGCCUUUUCUGGAGUGACAAUGGCCUACAAACGCUGUAUUGUGGAUCACUGUGCUGGUCCUGGUGCAACUGGCGAAGCCACGGCAUUUUGCAUGCUGAGAUGUGCCAAAGAGGUGAAUUACACGAAUAUUCCGUCGUUCAUGACGAGGUGGCACGCUAAUAAAGAAUUGCUUAUAGAACUAAUGAGAGCAAUGAAUGUCCAAUAUCAUCGCUUUGCUCAAGUUGGUUAUUCGCUGCUGAGGAAUCUCUGGACGCUCUUAUAG